GAGCGCAGCAGCAGGGGGCUGAUUGUAGACCUGCUCCCCUCUGUCGUUGGAGGGGCCGCUGCGACUCCGGUUUGUCCUGUAAUUCUGUCGUGUGCAACAAAAGAAAGUAACUCACAACCCGGCGGAAAAGGAAUAAACUAACCCCCUGACACAACGAGGACAAACAAGGAAUCUUUUCAUUCCCUAGGCCUUCAUUUUUCAUAGCUGCUCCAACCGGUAAUUAAAGGUGGUAAUAUUCACCCACAAGUAAAAAGAAAGUUGGGAGACGCUUUUGUCUACAAAAUGUGGAGCGGCUAACAGUUGGUAGUUGUUAGCCAAGUCGAAGCUUGCUUGACACCGCUGAAGGAAAGAGCUGAAACAGACGCAGCGUGGUCGGUUCGGGGCAGAGAAAGGUAAAUGGAAACUCAGUUGUUGUGCUGUGAGGGAGACAGGCCUGCCAUCCGGAGGGCCUACCGGGACUCCAACCUGUUGACUGACCGGGUCUUGCACGCUCUGCUGCGGGCUGAAGACAAGUAUCUACCCUCUCCCAACUACUUCAAAUGCGUCCAGAGAGAAAUAGCUCCGUACAUGAGGAGGAUAGUGGCCACCUGGAUUUUGGAGGUGUGUGAGGAGCAGAAGUGUGAGGAGGAGGUUUUCCCUCUGGCUAUGAACUACAUGGACCGUUUCCUGUCAGUGGAACCCACCAAGAAGAACCAUCUGCAGUUAUUGGGGGCUGCCUGUAUGUUCCUGGCAUCCAAACUGAAGGAGACAAUGCCGCUCACUGCUGAGAAACUCUGCAUCUACACGGACAACUCUAUCACGACUACUCAGCUGCUGCAAAUGGAGCUGCUGGUUUUGAACAAGCUGAAGUGGGACCUGGCUUCGGUAACCCCUCUUGACUUCAUUGACCACUUCCUGUCUCAGCUGCAUGUCAGGAGAGAGCACAGGCCCAUACUCAGGAAGCACGCCCAGACCUUUGUGGCGCUGUGUGCCACAGAUGUUAAAUUCAUAGCGAGCCCUCCGUCCAUGAUAGCAGCAGGCAGCAUGGUGGCAGCAAUGCAGGGUUUACAGAUGAGAAUGGUGGGCAACACUGCGAUGUCUCAGAAACUGACGGAGCAGCUGGCACAGACCAUCAGGAGCGACCCGGACUGUCUCCGGGCGUGUCAGGAACAAAUCGAGUCGCUGCUGGAAACCAGUCUCAGACAGGCACAGCAGCAGCAACACUCAGUUACCAUGGAAACUAAGAGCAUCGGCGAGGGGCAGGACCUCUCGACUACGCCCACAGAUGUCCGGGACAUAAACAUCUGAUCAAGUGCUUGCCAGUCAUGCUGCUGGACGAGAGCAGAGAAGCAGGUUGAACUGAUAAAGUGGACGGCCAUAUUUGACACACAUGAACAGAGAAACACACAUGGCUUUGUUUUACAUGAUGUAGUAUGUGCCUGGACUCAACAGUGUAUCACAACUGUUUCCAUAAAGUCCAGUAUGAACUGUGGCAGGUACCAGAGGGAGCUGCUGACUGGACACUAUCACGUCCAGGACACUGACAACCUUAAAAUUGGGAUUCAGCUAACACUGAAGAAAUGGUUGAAAGAGUAAUGUGUGUUAAGGGCAGCUUGUUACCUGUGGUUAACAGUUGGACGCACCCGCUGAGGUGUUUCAAGGCCCAGUAUCCUCUGAACCUGCACCUCCUCCCAGAUUGAAACCGUCUAGCCUGAGAGCCAGAAAGUGAUUGGUGUGUGACGUUGCUGGGUGUGUAAUUAUCAAACAUUGAAAAAUCACACUAAGAAUGCUCCAAAGGGUAAAACAGGUCUUUGCUAAGAGGGAGCAAUAAGACAGAUUUAUGAAGCGACCCAGCAAGCCCCUCACUGUCCCAUGUGAUCAAAUGGAAACAAAAAGUGAUGCAACAUCCUGUCAAAUGUGCAUUUGGAUAUAAGUUUACCAGAAAGCAAUGAUGCUUAAAAGUAGCCUAUUCUGACGUAGACGUUUUGCUUCACAUUACAUAUUAUACAUAUUACCUAUAUGGCAUUUUACAUUUUAAAAUGUGUCUUAGAAGGUGUGCGUGUGUGUCUGCAUCUCUCAACAGACUCCCAAGAGACCUUUCUUACAUUUAAGAGCAUUUUUAAGUCAAAAUAUCUGGUAUUCGGAUGUUUGAAAUUUAGGAGUAAAUAUGAAAGAUUUUUACAUUAAUCUUUCACGCUCAGCAGUUUGAUAAAUAUGGGCACUGGCCCAUGUAAAGUAAGAGAUUUAUUACCAGACGGUUGUCCUCUGACAGUGAAAUGAUAAAGACCAGUGGGGAAAGUUUCCUUGAUAUGGUUUACAGGAUGAGCUGAGUUUUGCUUCAAGAUAUGAUGACAUUCAAGACAUGACAACUGGCAAAAAAACAGCGGUGUCCACAUAACAUCAUCUGUAAUUCUCUCUGAGGUUGAGGUUCCUGAAGUGGGACUCAUUAAAACACAAUGUUUUUGAGGUAUUCGACUAAUAAAAUCUACAAUAGCACCUGGCAACUGUCAUCAGGUCUAAUGGAAAAGUGGAAGGUGGUACAAACUGUGGAACUGGAACUACUGCGAUGCAGUGUAGUUCACAGUUUGUACCACUAGAGGGAAGUCAGUUAAACGUUCUCCAUUUUGGAUCGUCAGUGGAGAUAACAGGCAUGCUGCAGCAGCGCUCUCUGGUAAAGAGCAAGGAUCACCUCUCCUGUGUGCAUUAGAAACAAAAAACCACAGCGUCUGAAACAUUACAGGGGCUUUUAUGUGGCUGACAGUUAGUGGAGUCUCUGAUAGAGGAUCUCUCUCCACCUUAAGCGAAAGUCAAAAGAUGUAGAUUUAUCUUAAUGUGGGUGGUGUUGUUUCUGGCUAUAUGUCCCACAUCUCCACAGAGGAGAGAUGCCAUCAGAAGCUUCUGUCGCUCUAUGAACAAUGUUUUUCAACCACACAUGCAGCACAAGUCUUUGUCCUCAAGGAAGAAAAGAUAUCAACUGUACUCCUUUAUUUUGCUUCUGAUAUUUAUUAUUUCUUCUCACUUGACCUGUAUGGGAACUUUACAGCUAAAAGUUACUCUAAAAAACAGGAAACACUUUGAAAGAGUGUUUUUUUUUUGUGGAUUCAGAUGCUCUAUACAGAACACAACAUUACCAGGCAAAGGUCCUGAGUGGUCUUCAGUUGAGAAGCCAUAACUAAGCUGUUUUACCUACACAGUGGUUUGUUUAACUAUUUUUAUUUUUUGGUUUGAUUGUAUUUUUUUUUAAUGGUGUUGCCCUCUAAACAUAAGCUUGUAUCAGGUUAAGCCCUAUGUUGGUGCUGUUUUUGACUGUCUUAGGACAGAGCAUAAAGAUGAAUUAA